AUCCUUUGCUUCUAAACUCCUCUUUGUUUCGGAUUCGAAUCUGUUGUUGAUUCCUUGAAUCCCGAUUCCCUCUGCAACCUUUUCUGGGUGAAUUGUUGUUUAAAUCUUCAAUCAAGGCGAGGGAGGGAGGGCUUUAACACAAAAAAAAAAGAGAUUGGGAUUGAUCAAUGGCCUCUGAUAGAGAAGACUUUAACCUCUGUGGACCCUCACACCUCACAGAUCUUGAUUGGGCAAACGAAAAUCACCAACGUUGUGUAGCAGCUUGUUUGGUUCAAGGGAUCUACAUUGUAGAGCGUGACCGUCAGCUUCAACGCCAAGGCUCUCACGCUCUCGCACAUCCAUGGUGGGACUCCUUCCACUUCAAACUCAUCCGUCACCUCAUUGACGACGCCGAUUUCUCCAUCUUCGGCGCCAUUUACGAACUCAAACAAGACACCAAAACCAUCACCAACGUUGACUCUAAAGCUCCCCGUUACGUCGUAGCCUUUAGAGGGACGCUGACUAAACCUGACUCCAUAUCUCGUGACCUCGAGUUAGACAUCCACAUUAUCCGCAACGGCCUUCACCGUACAUCGCGUUUCGAGAUCGCUAUGCAAGCCGUUAGAAGCAUGGCUACUUCUUCUUCUGUUGGAGCUUCCAAUCUCUGGAUAACUGGACAUUCUAUGGGCGCAGCGAUGGCGCUUCUCGCUGGCAAAACGUUGGCCAAGACUGGAGUUUACCUCAAAUCCUUCUUGUUCAACCCUCCCUUUGUCUCUCCUCCUAUCGAGAGGAUGGUAUCUAACGAGCGUGUUAGGAGCGGGAUUCGAUUCGCGGGCAGCCUUGUUACCGCAGGGCUCGCUUUCUCAAGAACGCUUAAGCAAGCACAGCAGCCUCAGCAUCAGCAGCAGCUGCAAGAGCGGAACUUGUCUGAAGAUCCGUUGAAGGCUCUGUCUUUGUGGUUACCUGACAUUCAUGUGAAUCCAGGGGACCAUUUGUGUUGUGAGUACAUUGGGUUUUUCGAGCAUAGGGGUAAUAUGGAACAGCUUGGGUAUGGAGCUGGAAUCGUUGAGAGGAUGGCGAUGCAGCAUUCCUUGGGAGGUUUGCUGAUGGAUGCCAUGGGAGUUAGUAACGCAGUUGAGGUGCAGGAGCCUGUUCACGUUAUCCCAUCUGCUAACCUGAUUGUAAACCGGACUGCUUCUGAUGACUACAAGGAAGCUCAUGGGAUACACCAGUGGUGGAGAGCUGACCAAGAUUUGGUUUCCAACAUUUAUUUGUUUAAAUAGCUUACCAAGGUGGAUUUGUUUUUUUUUCUCGAUUGGAAUGCCCUUUGUUUUGUUUGUUUGUGUAAUGCUAUGUAUCAAGGUAUCUCUUUAAAUUCUUCGUUUAUAGUAUGUCCGAAAGGAAGUUUAUGA